CGGAAACCAUUCGUGGACGUACUAGGAAGAGAGUUGUUUACAAACAAGAAAGUGUCAGAAACAAACCGAAAGCGUCUACGAAAAUGAGCAAAUGUACCUUAUCGUUAAUCUCUUAACACUAUGGAGGCUCACAACAGUCUUUAUCGAAUAUAAGUUACACCUUUGAAUUAUAUUUUCACUGUGUAUGUGGGGGCAGUGAGAUAAAGCUGAGCAGGUGCACUGUCUAAGUUACACAGAGGUGUUGGCUGUGGGCAGUCAGCAGGACACAUGGCAGAGGAAGGCAACAAGCUGACACUGAGGCGCCUGGAGGCACCGAUCCACAAGUUCAUUAAAGUGGCUCUACCCACGGACCUGGAGAGGCUGCAGAAACACCACAAUAACAUACUGAAGUACCAGCAGAGCCAGCAGUGGGAUCGCCUUCAUCAGGAGCAUAUCAAUGCCAGCAGAACUGUUCAGCAACUGAGAGCUAACAUCAGAGAGAUGGAGAAGCUGUGUGCUCGGGUCCGUGUCGAAGACGCAGGCGCUUUGGAAGUGCUUGUCAAGCCAGUCAGGGACCGGGCCUCAGUUGCCGCACAAGACUUCCUGCUUUUGCACUCUAACCCCGUGCCUCAGCCUGCAUCAGCACAACCACCUGCCGCUCAGCCAUCCAGCUGUGUGUCCAGCAGUUGCCACCCUGAUGACGAUGUGGGCCAAGAGUCGUCUGGCAGGCAAAUUCAGCUCCACCUCCCAGAAAUCCCCGCUGAUCAGAGUGCAGCUGAGUCCUGGGACAACCUGGAAGAGGAUCUGAAGGAGCUGAGUGGCUUGGUGACAGAGUUCUCAAUGCUUGUCCACUCCCAGCAGGAGAAGAUUGACAGCAUAGAGGACAACGUCAACACAGCCGCUGCCAACGUAGAGGAGGGGACCAAGAGCCUGGGGAAGGCGGCGGGCUACAAGUUGGCGGUGUUGCCCGUUGCUGGGGCGCUGCUGGGCGGUGUAAUAGGAGGUCCACUCGGCCUGCUGGCUGGGUUCAAAGCUGCAGGGGUGGCUGCUGCUCUAGGAGGGGGCGUCCUGGGGUUUGCGGGGGGUACCCUGGUCCGGAAACACCGCAAAGCCCAAGUGGAUGUACAGAUGAAACAACUGACAGCACCACCACCAGCUCAACUAGAGCCAAAAAAGGACAAAUGACCCAACGGUCCUGGUUCGUCCUCUGACCUCGGGUGCUGGCUAAUCACUGAGGCGUCAGUGCAGACUGACCAAUCAGAAACAUAAACUAAACCUCCAGAGGUGCUCACAUUGCCUUAAAGAGACUCAAUAUUAGACGGCGGCAGCAAGCUUUGCGGUUACCAACCACUGCUGUAAAACGAUUAUGUAACAACAGCUUUAUUUAAGAGUAAGAUCCUUUGUUGUCCGGAUGUGAAUGUCGUGUCUGUGAGGACAUUAAUCUAAUUUUUUACACACUGAUUUAUUUUUUUUUUAAUUCUGAACACAGUUGAGCAGUUACUUAUACUACAGCUUUUAGUGUGUGGUUGUGGCAGCCUGACAUGGCUAUAAGCACAUCACGUUACUAAAAGCAAUGUUUGGUAUCAAAUAAAUUAAGUUCAUUCAACAGACCCAAUCAUUCUGUCAAAUUCUAUCACCAACAGGAGCACUGUCGUGCGUUCCUCUAUUGAGCAUCUUUUUUUUCCCAGAUAAUUCUUUUUCACCACUGAUCAUGCCUCAUUAUCCCUUUAUGCAGAAAAUAAUAUCCUAAUGUGAUCAGCUGUACUACUGAGACUACAGAAUCAUGUGCAGUGUAUAGUUUUGUUGCUUAACAUCACUGUGGUGUUAUAUUUUCCUGCUUUAAUGUUUAUAUAAAUUGUACUGUGUAUAGAUUUGGUAGAGCAAAAUUGCACAAAAAGCGCCAAAGUGCCAAUGUACACAUCACUUCAGGGACUGGAGUCUAAGAACCUGCCAUGUAUUGAUUAUACUCCUGCUGUAUAAUAAAAUGUUUCUUUUCAACAGUAA